GCAACAAAAGAUUAUUUAAAUCGGUUAAGAGAACAACUUCAUUUUUAUGCAGUAGUAGAAAUUCGGUCACAAAAAUUUUUAAUAACAAAAAAUGAUUUAGUUAUAACUCAUAGAUUAAGUGACGUAGACAUUGGGGAUGAAAUAAAAUUGAAUCGUGUAACGGAAAUAGGUUCAAAGGAUUAUACGAUUAAAGGGCAACCUUUAGUUUCCGAGGCAUUUUAUAGUAUCAAAGCUACAGUAGUUGAGCAACCUAAAGGACCUUUUAUUGAAAUUUUUAAGAAGAAACGAAGGAAUAGACACAAAAAAAGAGUUACUCAUAAACAAACCUACACCAUAUUGAGAAUUUCUGAAGUUGAAAUUAAUAAAUUGAAUUGA